GCCGUGUCAGUUUUCAGCAGGCAGUCGCGGCGGCGGGAGUCCCUUCCUCAACAAGCACAAUGGCGAAGAAGGGCAAGAAGGGAAAGAAAGGCAAAAAGGAGGAGGCGCCGCCUCCGGAAGAGCCGUCCGAAUACGACACUAUGGACGUUGAAAUGCUGAAAGAAGUCACUCAAAUGCUGCGGCAACAGCUCGACAAAUCUCAAAUUGAUCGGAAUUACGUCCAACACGAGCGGGACACCAUUCAAUCGUUCUACGACAUCAGUCGCCGUGAAGUGGAAACCCACGACAUGGAAAUCAUGGGCAAGGACCGCGAAAUGGAGAUGAUGGAGGACAACCACCGCGUGGAAGUGCGGGUGUACAUUCAAAAGGUGAAACAUUUGGAGUACGAGCACAAGAACAACUUGAAGCGCGUCAAGACGGACGGCCUGUCGCACAUCGACGAGGAAGGCGACAUGCAUGUGCACCGGGAACACAAACUCAAGGGGGCAAAACAGAGUUUGAAGCUCGAGUUAAAGGAGCGCGAACUGAGCAACGAGGACGAGAUCGAGCAGAUGAAGCAAUCUCACGAGAAGAACUUGCUCAAGUUGCGCGAGCAGUUCGAGAAGAACAACGCCGCCCUCGAAGAGCGACUGCAGUGCCGACUGGAGCAGCUCCAAGAGGACUUGGAGUUGCGGCGCAAGGUGGACAUCCACGAAAUCGAAGAGCGCAAGAACUUGCACAUCAACGACCUGAUGAAAAACCACGAGCGGGCGUUCACCCAGAUGAAAAACUACUACAACGACAUCACAAAGGACAACUUGCGGCUCAUCGAUUCGUUGAAGCGGGAGAUCAGCGACAUGAAGAAGAAGGCGGCGGCGAACGCGAAACUCAUGCACGACAUCUCGCACGAGAACAAGCGACUGAGUGAGCCGCUGGCGGCGGCAGUGCAGGAAGUCGAGCGGCUCAAGCACGGGCUCAAGGACGAGCAGAAGGACCGACUGAGUCUGCGCAAUGCGAAUGCACGGCUGGUUCUGCUGGAGAAGCAACUGGUGGAUCUUCGAAAGAAGCACCAGAGUCUCACGCAGGCGUACAAGACGAUGGAAGCAAAUAGGAACGCGCUGUACGACUCGUUCGAACACACGAUUCACAGUGUCCAAACCAAAUGUGAGUACAAGAACUUGGUGCUGGAGCAGCGAUUGAGUGCCUAUGGCGAACAGCACAACAAGAAGCAGGCGCAGCUGGACGAGAUACUCAUGGCGGCACACCUCGAAGGCGGCGAGGUGGCGCGGGUGACCGAGAAGCUCGACACGCUGCUCACGACCAAGAAUACCAAGAUCCGCGACCUUCAAUACCAAGUGGCCAAGGCCAGCAAGGCUUACAACGACGCCCUGCGGACGUACGAGAGCAAAAUGCGCGACUUUGGCCUGCCAGACGAAGACAUCCGAACCCUUGGGUUCAACCCGUUGCUCACUGCGACCAGUGUCGGGCCAGCAGGGCUGUUGACAAAAUAAACAUCACAGAAUGGAAAUGUCUCUCGUCUCAA